GCAUAAAGGUCCCGGUGCCCAAGAGCUUCUGUCAGUCAGGAGGUCACACCGUGCACAAUGGGUUCCUCUCGGGCACCCAGGAUGGGGCGUGCGGGAGGGCAUGGGCUGAUGGCAUUGCUGAUGGCCAGUCUCAUUCUGCCAGCAAUCUUGGCUAAGAGCAUUGGGACCCUCUCGGACCCCUGUAAAGACCCCACGAGGAUCACCUCCCUGAAUGACCCUUGUCUCAUUGGAAAGCCUGGCUCCAACAGCAUCAGCAGCCAAGGUGGCUCCAACAGCAUCAGCAGCCAAGGUGGAUCCAGCAGCUCCCAGGGAGGUUCUUCAGGAUCCUUGAUAUUUAAACCAGGGACAGGGUAUUCUCAGAGUAGCUAUUCUUUUGGCUCUGGAGGCUCCCAGUCAGGAAGCAGCGGCUCCCAGACAGGAAGCAGCGGCUCCCAGACAGGAAGCAGCGGCUCCCAGACAGGAAGCAGCGGUUCUCAGACAGGAAGCAGCGGUUCUCAGACAGGAAGCAGCGGAUCUCAGACAGGAAGCAGUGGCUCUCAGACAGGAAGCAGUGGCUCUCAGACAGGAAGCAGUGGUUCUCAGACAGGAAGCAGUAGCUCCCAGUCUGGAAGAUGGGUAAGCAGCAGUUCUCAAUGGGUAAGCAGCAGUUCUCAAUCCGGAAGUUCAGGAAGCAGCCGGGAAGGACCAGGAAAUGGCUCUGCUCUACCAACCGAUGACAAUUCUUCCCGCCAAAUAUCAGGCACUUCCCAGUCUGGAGGCUCAUACACUUCCCAGAGCAGCAGCUCCAACCUGCGGCCCUGUAGCUCCAACGCGCCUGACUCUCCCUGCAGUGGGGGGCCUGUCAUCACACACUCAGGGCCUUACAUCUCUGGCUCUCACACCGUAUCAGGUGGCCAGAGGCCUGUAGUGGUGGUGGUGGAGCAACAUGGCUCUGGUGGCCCUGGAGGGUUUCAAGGCGUGCCCUGUAGCAAUGGCGGCCCCUCAGGCAAGCCCUGCCCUCCCAUCACCUCUGUUCAGAAACCCUAUGGUGGCUACGAGGUGGUGGGUGGCUCUUCCAAUAGUUAUCUGGUCCCAGGCAUGACCUACAGUGGAGGUAAAAUCUACCCCGUGGGCUAUUUCACCAAGGACAACCCUAUCAGGGGCUCGCCAGGGGCCCCCUCCUUUGCAGCUGGGCCCCCAGUCUCUGAGGGCAAGUACUUCUCUAGCAAUCCCAUCAUCCCCAGCCGCAGCUCAUCCAGUUCCAGUGGCUAUCCAUCGGGCGUUGUGUUCCAGCCUGUGGGCUCUGGUGGGGUCCAGCUCUGUGGCACUGGCUCUGUCAGCUCUAAGGGGCCUUGCUCUGGUACGAGAAUUCAGAUCACCUCCGGCAGCUCCAGUACCUCCUACCACCCCUGCAGUGGUGCUGCUUCCCAGGGGCCCUGCUCCUCACCAGGCACAGGCUCUAUCAGUGGGGGAAGCUCCUCCUCCACUGGCAAAAUCGUCCUUCAGCCCUGUGGCAGGAAAUCUAGCUCUUCCAGUUACCCCUGCCUUUCUGUUCCCUCCUCCACAUUGAAUGGGGGUCUGAAUGGCUCUCCUCAGCCUGUUCCCUCCGUGGGUGUCAAGCUCUGUGGCCUCAACAGCCCAGGAAGAGUGCCCUGCCGUUCCAUCCGCAACAUUCUGACCCAAGUGAAGCCUUUGGGGCCCCAGUUAAUGGAUCCUGAAGUUUUUCUGCCACAGGGAGAGCCACUUGAGAAGUCUUAAGUCACGCAUGACAGCUAUUUCCCAAUUGUCAGCCACCUCCCAACUGGAAGACGUUCAGGGGCCCAGUUUCCUGCCCUCCUCCAGGGAGAGCUGCCUCACGUGCUGCAGUUAGCCCGAUGAUGCUCUUGACUUUAUUCAGCACUCGAAAUGGUGGACUCCACCUUCUUCCUCCUUUCCUGGUGCUUCCACACCAUGCCGCUAGGGUGUUCUCUCUGCCCGAUUACCUGCCUUGAAGCGCACUUUUUCAGGUUCUUGACUGGGAAGACCUCAACCUUGGGUGCCCGGAUAAGUCAAGCAUGCCUCCACCCGUUUGCUGAAUAAGACAAAGACCAAUCCAUCACCUGAGAACCAAACUGCAUUUCUCAGCGACUCCUCUACCAUCCGUUCAGGCAGCCCUCUAAAUUGUUGGGUUCCCGCCAUUCAUCAUGAGUCUCACCACACCCUACCAGACCCAUUUCCAACACACUCCUGCCUGCCCCGUCCCAACUCUCCAUGUCAGUUUCUGCCUGGUUUCUACUUCACCCAAAGCACAGAUGUUGCUGUGUGUGUGUGUGUGUGUACCCCAGGACAUCCACAGAAUCUGACACAGACUCCUGACUCUAUCUGGAUCCUGGACAGGGCUCAAUAAACUUUGUGAACUUUGUGCAGA